AUGCGAAAGCGGACUUCAAGGUUCAAGUUCAUCCUGUGGUCGAGGAAGUCAAAGCAACCAACUCCGAGCGUUGUACCUUCGACACUACGGCGGACGUCGAAUCAAUCUCUCGAAGAUCAUCGAGACUCAUCGCUGUAUCACCCCGAGAUGGUCAGACCCUCUCCCCAACUCCAUGCGCGGCUGCGCUUUACCACCAAACAAGUCGCGGGAGGUUUUUAUCGUGGUUCGCGAACUGGCGCCAUGGGUUCGCACACCGAAUAUGGAGGAUACAUAAUAGAUUACCGCAAGACACGCCAUUAUGUAGUACCCGACUUCACGGAUUUCAAGCUGACGCCCUUCGUCAGUCUAGAGAUCAGAGAUCCUGGACGAGUAAGGGAAGAUCAGAAAACCGGCGAGGCAUAUAAAAUCGAUCGAUAUAGCGGGCUAGCUUUCUUGAAAGAAUGGAAGGAGAACAACCCGCAAGAAUAUGAAGAUGAGCUGGACUGGCAAAUCAAUCCCAAUCGGCCCCAGGCCGAGGAGCAAGAAACACCAGAGGAGUGGAAAUUGAAAUUACCAAGCAAUCGUAUUCCGUCGCAACACGGUCAACCUUCUCGCCGGAGGGAGAAGCGAAACAGGCGCCCAAUUGCAGAUACCACACAGCCAAGUCCUAAUGAAGGAAAAGAUAUGGAACAAGAACGACCUUAA